GGAGCAAGUGCGUAGAAUCCCCUUCUUUGGUUCUUACAAGGUGAUACAACAACCCAGCAAAUCGUAUCAGCAGCAAGCACCGACCGCACCAGACUCGAGAAUGAAGAUAUUCGUCACUGGGCCAUCCGGCUACGUUGGAGCAGAGGUUGCGCGCCUUCUCCUGUCAGACGGCCACUUCGUGGUCGGCCUUGCGCGUUCCGAGGCCCGUGCAGAGGGUCUACGCAACGCAGGCAUCGAGCCAGUCAUCGGAGAGCUGAGUGACCUUGAUGUCCUGGCUAAAGCUUCAGCAUCAGCGGACGCGGUAAUCCACACAGCGUUCUUCCACACAGGGGAUUAUGCAGAGGCCACCAGGCUCGACAUAGCAGCGGUUGGGGCCAUGACAGAUGCUAUGGCAGGCUCUAAUAAGCCAUUCAUCAUGAGCUCUGCCACUGGGGUUCUGGGUGAGACUGGCCCUGUGCCGGUCUCAGAGGAGUUCCCUCUCGACCCCCACCACUGCAUCAAACCUCCUGGCUCCAGGGUCAUCUGCGAACGGGCGGCGCUGCUUGCUGCUGGAAAGGGAGUGAGGAUCAUGGUGUUUCGGCUGCCGCCAUAUGUGUGGGGCAACGGAGGCAGCUUCUUCAUUCCACUGCACCUGAGCGCGGCGCGAGAGCACAGCAAGGCUUACUACAUCCUGCCGGGCACCCAGAAGACAUGUGGAGUGCAUGUUGAGGAUCUGGCCAAGCUGUACCUACUGGGAAUCCAGAAGGAAGCUGGAAUCGGCAUCUAUCACACAACCACCGGCAAUGACUACACUGCCAAGCAGAUUGCAGAGGCGGUAGGGGCGAAUGCAGGAGUGCCUACAGAAGGAAUUUCAGCGGAGUCGGCCAUAGAACAAGGCAUCUGGCCUGCGUGGGCUGUGCCGGUGUUUGCCAUGAACAACUGCGCCAGCUCAGCAAAGGCGGAGCGCCAGCUGGCAUGGGGAGAUUACAGGAGCACUGACAUGCUGCAGGAUAUUGCAUCCGGCUCCUACGCCCAGAAGUCUUGAGGAGGACGUUAUAUUUUCGUAAUGUGCACCUAAAGCUGAUCCUGGACAUUGCCUCUGAUUUCACGCCCAAAAGGCUUGAUAUGGGUUUUAUUUUUCCUUGGGUGCAAAUUGCUGUCAGGUGAUGCAGUUAUUUUGCCUAUCGGUCAUGUUAGCAAAAGGCCCGAUUUUCUUUUUGCGCUUGUGCUCAAAGAAUAUAUGUACAUGUAUUUCUCUGUAUUAACGCAGACCAGAUCCAGCACAAUGGUUGUGGCCUAUAUCCUCAGAAGUUAGUGGAAGGGUGUCUGUGAUGUUCUUAUGGCCUGUCGGCAAUUGCAGAGAACCUGCCAAGAAGUCGGACAGGAUAUAAGGAACUUGGUUGGCUGUGCAGUGCGUGCAAAUUGGCACUGAACAUGGGGACAAAGACUCACAGAUACAUACCUGUUGGCUGCUGCUUUGUUGCUUGUCCCAUUGCGGUUUGUUUUGAUCCUGCUGUAGCGCCCCAGGAAAUACUCAGCAGCAGCUAAUUUGAAUGUGCUGCGCGGCGGGACUUGUUAAAGUAGGAUGGUUCUAGGCGUGAAAAAUAUUCACAGUCUCAGGGUUCAAACUAAGCACCCAAAUGCUUUUAAGGGGGGCUUGGGCGAAAGGUGGCAGCUUGGCUGAAAGUUGAGGACGUGGUAUGUGAAAUGCCGUGGUAUCGUAUCUUGCAUCAUUAUCGGCAGACUUGAGAGCGAACAAGCCAAGGGCACUGUAAGGAUGAACGAUGAUGGAUUGUC